AUGAGAGCAGGCUCUCAUGAGGGCGCUGUCCUGAAGCAUGCCGGAGACACAAGUUUGGGAAAUGUCUACAAAUUCGUCCCUGAAUGGAACUUACACGACAUGACUGCACCAUCCUCGGACCUCCUCCUCGACUUGCUCAAGCACCGAGCGACUCUGUCGUUGAAAGAUCAAUAUACCACGGGUCUCAAAGGAGUUCCGGGCGACUAUGGACACAUAGUCUUUAUGAUGGAAAAAAAGAACCUGAAAUUGAUCGAUGCUUCAAAUUACGACGACUGUUACACGCUCUUCUUGACCGGGGAUAAAUACGGAGAAUCGGUCAGGAUCGUGGCCGACAAGCGAGAAGAGGUUUUAGCCGAGAUGAAGCCCGCCAUAGAAGCCAAGCUUAUAGUUCCUCAAGCUACCGGCGAGCUCAUUCUCAUGCGCCAGAUCAACCUGCUGCAGUUUCUCAAUAUUAUCAUUGAGGAUAUCCUGGAGACUGCAUCCACAACGCGAACCCAGACGAAGCGCCCAAAGAAACCAAACGAUGAGGCUACCGCGGCACUGGCACAGCUGUCAAUACACUCGCCCCCGAAGAAACUCGAGUUGUCAGAUCUUGUGGACAUGGCGCUCGACCAAAUGUCGGCUCGUGAGGAUCUUCUUGGUCUGAUCACGACUGAGCCCGCGGUUCUCGCCCACGAGGUCAACUUUUGCUUCUUCAAUAGACCAGAACUCGUCGCAGACGAGAUGGGACGCAUGUUGCCUGCCCAGACAGACAAAUAUAUCAGUGGUGCUGUAUUCGAUGCUGUCCAUGGCGCAAUAAAGACUGCCGCUACAUGGAACUACAUCGGUCGUCUCUUGGAUAUGUUGAAAACAGUUUCAGACAAACAAUAUCGAGCGAUCAUCCUCAGAGAGCUGUCGAACACUUGCCAUCUCGAGUAUCUGCGCGCUCAGACUCGUUUUAAAAGCAGUGUGGCUGUAGGCUUGUGGGGCACUAAAUGGUUCAAGCGCAUAUCAGCCGUACGGAAAGAUGACAUCGCACGCCUCUCAUUGAAGCAAAGCCCCGAGUCUUUGACGUUGAAAAAUCCGCAGCUACAUUACAUGCUUCGACUCUGUCAGGACGACAUAAAUUGGUCUGGGGCUGCGCAAUGGCUUCAGAAGCUGGAGGACCUUCAUCGAGCUCACCCGCUAGAGCGAGACAAUCUUUCGGAGCGAGAAUACGACUGUCUCGGAGAUCUGGCCAUUAUCGUCACUUUCAUCCAGUCUCUCUCAUCAGUUGCGCAAUUACCCGCACCAAACCACAAGAAAAGCCAGCCAUUCAUCCCAGGUUUCGCAGCUUUGGACAGGGAGCUGAGGUCGCUGAAAGAUAGUAUCGACCUUGGUGAGUACGCUAUACCAAUCGACAACUUGCUGGAGCCGGGUAUGGCUGAAGGCGCUCUUGCAACGCUGGAUCAGUAUGUUGUUGAGAUGGCAGGUACGAAGCUCGGUUUCCUUUACCAGGACCUAGUCGAGAACUGCGCAUCCAGCAUCCAGCAGCAGUACGAGCAGCAAAAGGCAAAAGCUAGUCAAGGCCAAGCCGAAUACAAGGCACCAUCAGCCCCCGAAACCCCAGAAUCGAACAUCCAACAGCGCAAGCAGAAGGAGAAGACGCGACCGGCGCAAACCUCCAUCUACGACAUAAUGCCGCAAGUCACCACAAAUGACCAGUCCGUUUCCUCAAAGGAAACCUUUUACGUCAAACCCUCCACUGCCGCAGUUUUCUCGUCGCUGUUCUCAAGGUCAUCCGCAGCUCGAAGCCCAGUACGUUGGGACGUGUUCGUGGCUGCCAUGGCCGAUUUCGGCUUUACAAUCGAUCCCAAAGUCGGCUCAAUCUACACGUUUGUCCCUCCUGAGAAGGUAUCGGUACGGAGGGAUAUAACGCUUCAUCGGCCGCAUCAGGCAAGUAUUGAGGGGCGACUCCUUCUGAUCUACUCCCGACGCUUGAAGAAGGUGUAUGGAUGGGAUAGCUCCACGUUCGUUACGGAGUAG